AUGGCUGGUGGUGUUUAUUGUCCAUUAUCACCUCGAGAUCCACCACAUCGUUUACAUACUCUUGUACAACAAACUCAAAGUCGUCUUGUUCUCGUUCAUGAUCUGACUAAAACCAAAUUCGAUCAUAAUAUUGCCUUACCUAACAUUGAUUCAAUAUUGAUUGUUAAUAAUAUGGAAAGGAAUAUUGAUAUUGAUCAACUAUCAAGUAUAAGAGUCACACUUGAUGAUCUGGCUUAUAUCAUUUUUACAAGUGGUUCGACUGGAACACCUAAAGCGGUCCAAGUUCGACAUAAGAACUUUAUUCAGUGUAUGCAUUCUUUGACUUAUAUUAACUCAUUUAAUAGAGAUGAUACAGUUGUACAAAUGACACGAUGUUCAUUUGAUAUUCAUGUUCAAGAAAUACUUGGCACAUUAUUGGUUGGAAGCACAUUGAUUAUGCUUCAUUCAGGUGGAACUAUUGAUUUCAAACCACUUUCUAAUUACCGAUGUAUGGUUAUCAAUCAAUAUUCACAGUCAUCUGUUACCGACGAAGAAGGUGAACUGUGUAUAGGAGGCGUGGGUGUCUUUGUUGGUUAUCUUGGACGUGAUGAUUUAACAGCAAAAGUUCUUAUUGAAAUAGAUGGGGAAUUAUUCUAUCGAACAGGUGAUCUUGUUAGAAUGGAUAGCAAUGGUCUUCUUCAUUAUCAAGGAAGAAAAGAUCAUCAGAUAAAACUACAUGGACAACGAAUUGAACUUGGUGAAAUCGAACGAUGUUUACUUAACGUUACAUCUAUCUCUGCAUGUGUUGUCUUGAAAUGGAAUAAUGAUUACUUAGUUGCUUAUGUUCAAUCUUCUUCUCAUAACAAUGAAGAACAACUAAGUCAACAUUGUGAAUCUCAUCUUCCACCACAUAUGAUUCCAUCUUUCUUUAUUAUACUUGAGAAGCUACCUUUGAAUCCAAAUGGAAAAGUAGACAGAAAGCAACUUCCUUCACCUGACUUUUCUUCAUCGCCUUGGUUAUCUUCCGAUAAAUCUGAUACUCCUCUUAAUCAAUUCGAAGAACAGCUACUCACUAUUUGGCGUCAAGUUCUUCAUUCUAAUGAAAAUCAUAUUUCCAGAACUACUAGUUUUUUUAGUGUUGGUGGCCAUUCACUUUUAUUUAUUGAACUCUAUUAUCGUUAUCAAUUGUUAUUCAAUUUCGAUGUUCAUUCACUCUCAAUUGGUCUCUUUCUUCAGCAACCAACUAUUCGACAACAUGCACAACUACUUCAAGCACUUCCAUCCAACGAUACGCAGACAACACAAUGGCAGACACUAAAUAUCAAUCAAGGUAAAACAUUUUUAAAUUAA